UUCAUCUGCAAGCUAUUGUUCGUCGCGGUAUAUGCCACGGUGUCCAGUGCACCGCCGUAUCUGGCACUGUUUUACGACAAAAUCAUGCAUUUCUCUUCAGAUCAGAUCGGUAUUCUAUUGGCCAUUGCUCCUUUUGUACAAUCCAUUGCCUGCCCUUUCUGGGCUGCCGUCGUUGACAAGAAACCUCAAUACCACGGUAGUCUGAUGGGUCUACUCUGUCUUGCCGGUGGCUCUGCCAUCAUGGUCGUUAUGUAUCUGGGAAUCAUCACUCCAGAUGAGAAAAACUUUGGGAUUGAAAUGCCUUCUUUCCUGGUACUGACAGCCAUCUGCGUAUUUCUCUAUGCUUUUUGCUCUGGAACACUUGUCUCCUUGGUCGAUAGCGCUGUGAUGAAAAUUCUAGGCCCCAAUAAGAUCUUAUAUGGCGAACAAAGACUUUGGGGUUCAAUUUCAGCUGGUCUCACAGUUUUUCUCACCGGUCAAGCUGUCUCCCUUUGGAACAACGAUCUCAAUGCCAUCUUCAUUGUAUUCGCUGUAUCCUCACUGCUGUUCAUGGCACUCUCAUUUACGGUCACUGUGGAGCCUGAAGAAUAUGAAUCUAAAAGCAUCCAUACCAUUGAAAAUGACCCUAAUGCUCCGCUUUUACCCAAUCGCAUACAAACUUUCGAAAAAUCGUACGGUGCUUCAGGAUACAAGGCCAAUCUAGCUCCCGCUGAAGGUUCCAGCUCCGUUCCACAGCUACCGCUCAACCUGUCAGAGACCGGCUUUUUUGAUGAUAUUUUGCACAGUCUGACCAAAUCUAUGAGUUAUACAUCCAUAUCGUCGCUGACACGUACUAUCAGAGAGGAAGCUGACGACUAUAUGGAAGAGACAGGAGCAUUGAAUAUGGGUCUCGCUCUCUCUCGCCUUCCUUCUAUGGAAGCCUCCAUGGCUGGUAUUCUACCCUACCCGACUCAAGACGCUGAAGCCCCUUCCCCAGAAAUGAUUUGGAAUCUUAGAAUCGUCUCAUUCCUGACCACGGUGUUUUUGUACGGUAUGAUUUUAGCCAUGAUCAACCAAUUCCUCUUUUUGUUCCUUCAGAAAGACCUGGGCGUGGCGUCUGGUUGGUUGGGAUUGACUGGUCCAGCAAGCGCAAUUAUGGAGCUCACCAUGUUUUUAUUCUGUAAACAACUCACUGAGACUUUUGGCGUGACCAAGUUGGUGGUCACUGCCCAUAUCGUUACCCUGAUUCGAUCCCUUGCAUAUACCUUCCUCGUGCCUAAUCUUCUCAUCACGAAUUGUCUUGCUUUGGUCCUUCAGAUGCUUAAUGGUAUCGGCUUCGCCUUGUUUUGGGCCACCGCUGUUUCUGAAGUCGACAAUUACUUCCCGCCUACUCAGCGAAGUGUAGCACAAGGUAUCUUGGCUGGUCUCCACGGAGGACUGGGAACUGGGUUCGGAUGCUUUUUAGGUGGCUAUCUCUUUGAGAAUUACGGUGGAGCAGUCCUUUAUCAAGGAGCCGCCGUAGUCACUGCUCUCAGUGCCGUCGUAUUCUUAGUUGGUCGUCUUGGUCAAGCAUAGGAUUAGAGACAUACAAUAUUUGAAAAAAACCAUUCCAUAGUCAGUAGUCAAUGUUCAUAUAUCAUCAGCAGGCAAUCACUUGUAAACCAUAUUUCGUCACUUGAGAAAAUA